AGGGGCAUGAUACGGCGGUAAUCGGCAGUCUACGUUAUGGGCGCCCAGCAGACCAAGGACAGGGUGAUCCCUAUCGGGUCCACCGUACGGCAGACGCGCAAGCAGCCCAGGAACUUGAAGGACACGCGCGUCAUAGGCUCUAACAUAUUCACCGAGCACAGCGAGGCACUUUUGCAAAGUAGACCUCUACCUCACAUUCCAGCAUUGCCAGAAGGUGAUCCCCCAAGUGGUUCUAGUGUUCAAUCAAUUUCACAGCAAGCUAACGUUCAACAGCACUCUGGUGUAUCCGCUAGUGGACUCCUUGAAGCAGCAAAUAGAUGGACUAGCAAGGAAAAUCUCUUAGCACAGGAGGAAGAUGAUCCUCAAUUAUUUGUUGCCUUGUAUGAUUUUCAAGCUGGUGGGGAGAAUCAACUUAGUUUGAAAAAGGGUGAACAAGUACGUAUCCUAAGUUACAAUAAAAGUGGAGAGUGGUGUGAGGCCCAUUCAAGUUCUGGGCAAGUUGGAUGGGUACCGUCGAAUUACGUAACACCUGUGAACUCUUUAGAGAAACACUCGUGGUACCAUGGGAGGAUAUCUAGGAAUGCCGCGGAGUAUCUGCUGAGUUCGGGAAUAAACGGUAGCUUUCUGGUACGUGAAUCAGAAAGCAGUCCCGGACAACGUAGCAUCUCCUUGAGAUACGAGGGUCGAGUGUAUCACUAUAGGAUCAACGAAGAUAGCGAAGGCAAAAUGUUUGUCACGACAGAGAGCAAGUUCAACACGUUGGCUGAAUUAGUGCAUCAUCAUUCAAUGCUUGCCGACGGCCUUAUAACGCAACUGCUAUAUCCCGCACCAAAGCAUAAUAAGCCUACCGUCUUCCCAUUGAGUCCAGAGCCAGACGAAUGGGAGAUCAAUAGAACGGACAUAGUAAUGAGGCAUAAAUUAGGAGGUGGCCAAUACGGCGACGUGUACGAAGCGGUCUGGAAGAGGUAUAACAUGACCGUGGCAGUUAAAACGCUUAAGGAGGACACGAUGGCGCUGAAAGAUUUUUUGGAGGAAGCUGCCAUCAUGAAGGAGAUGAAACACAGGAAUUUGGUACAAUUAUUAGGUGUCUGUACGCGUGAGCCGCCAUUCUACAUCAUCACGGAGUUUAUGAGUAAGGGAAAUCUUCUGGAUUACUUGCGGAACGAGAGUAAGCUUCAGAUCAACGCCGUAGUAUUGAUGCAUAUGGCCACGCAAAUCGCAAGUGGUAUGAGUUAUUUAGAGAGUAGAAAUUUUAUUCAUCGCGAUCUAGCGGCCAGAAAUUGUCUGGUUGGAGAAAAUCAUCUUGUCAAGGUCGCGGAUUUCGGUCUAGCUCGUCUUAUGAGAGACGACACGUAUACAGCUCACGCCGGAGCAAAAUUUCCCAUAAAAUGGACUGCACCGGAAGGUCUAGCAUACAAUAAAUUCUCUACAAAGUCUGAUGUGUGGGCAUUUGGUAUCUUGCUAUGGGAAAUUGCCACUUACGGGAUGUCUCCUUAUCCCGGUGUCGAUCUAACGGAUGUUUAUCACAUGCUGGAAAAGGGCUAUCGAAUGGAGUGUCCUCCCGGUUGCCCAUCAAAAGUCUAUGAGCUAAUGCGUCAGUGUUGGCAGUGGUCAGCGGCAGAUCGCCCAACUUUUAAGGAAAUACAUCACUCAUUAGAAAAUAUGUUUCAAGAAUCAAGUAUUACUGAGGAGGUAGAGAAGCAGCUUCAUGGUGGAGGGGAAAUUCCAUUGCUAACAUAUAAAAAGUCGCAGACUGGAAGUACAGGAAAUAUACAUGGACUCGUUCUUGUGUCUGAGCAAUUAUCUUCUUCCGGUAUUACGCAAGAAGGAGCCAGUUCAGUCCAAACCAAGCUGAGUACUUUUAUGGGUGGUUUGUCGAGUAGGAGUAAUAGUAAUAUGGUUCAAAUGCGAAGAUCUACCAAUAAAAAAGGAAAACAGGCGCCAGCACCUCCCAAGCGAACUAGCUUGUUAUCAUCAUGCAGUUCUUUUCGAGAUUCCGCCUAUCAAGAACAAGACCAACACAAUGUUGAAGUUAGCACUAUGACACUUGACGAUGGCACAGAUCUAAAUGGUAUUGAUAAGAUUUUUGAAGGUAUCACACGUGAUCUCGUGACAAUGGCUACACAGUCAAUUACUACAGGAGGUUGCGAUAUGGACGACGACGGAGAUGGGUCGCAGGGGACGGCAGAACAUAACUUUGUUCCUCAACCGUCAACCUCACCGGAACCAGUAUCCAACUUACCGUGCAAUCAGAAACAAAUUAAAUCUCGACCUUAUACAUCUAAGGAGGUACUGCCUCAGAAGCUGGUACACGUGGGUGCGCUGGAGGUGCAAAAUGUUAAAAGGGCCAUCAAUCGUUACGGUACUCUGCCGAAAGGAGCCAGAAUCGGGGCAUAUCUGGAAUCCUUACGACAGAGCGGUAUGCCACCGAAUCAGGAGAACGUCGCUACGUCCUCUGUGUCCAACGCAGUCAUAGAACAACAGCAGCAACAAGACAUCAUCACUGCGAGUGCCGUCGAUGUGAUUCCGCAGCAUCGUUCCCUUUCACCUCGUCAAAAUAAUCUGCGUAGUCAGCCGCAGAUGACGCGCAGCAAUUCUUCAAGUGGAGUGGUGAAUACUUAUCAGCCACCGAAUUCACCGCGCAGCCGUGGUAUUCGGAAGACCAAUACGGAAGGGAUCGGCCUGCGGACUUUCCGCACACCGAACAAUUCCAGCUUUCGCACCGCCAGUCCGUCGAGAUUGAUUCAACCGACUCUGGCCGAUUUGGAGUUCCCGCCGCCACCUGUGGAUUUACCGCCUCCGCCAGAUGAAGCCUUCGGUGAUCACUGCGACCUGCCACCACCUGUGGUGACAGCGUCAUCUUCCGAAACUUCUUCUCAUACGAAAAUUGUGAGCUCACCGGUUGGUCUGAGGAAGAUAAAAGCGGAAUGGCGAAGCAAAGACGAGAUCAGAGAUCACGAUCAGGAUGAUAGGAAUAAUGACGUGAGGAAUGCGGAACCGUCGGUGAAGGAGGCUAGCUCGCGAUUCGGCGUGAAUCUGCGACGCCGGGAAACCAUUACUAGCGACGCGCACUGCAGCGGCGGCGGCGUUGGCGUUGGUAAAUCCGUGGACGAGAAGAAAUUAGUUUACAGGCCAAAGGAGACGAUGACGAUCAGUGGCGCGAUUAAAGCUGAAUCGUUGUCGGAAAUGACGGUCGCGGCACCCGAGAAAGUGCCACCGCCACCUCCACCGCCGCCACCGCCUAUCGACAGUGCUGCAAGUAGUACCACCGACACCUUCGAGUCCAAACCCGGCAUGAAGGAAAUGUUGGAGCUCAAGCUGAUCAACGAGAUCAAGCAGAGCGCGGACAUGAAGCACGGUGGUACCGGUGGCUCCGCGAAGAAGAUCGGUAGUAGUGUCGCUAGUAAUAAUACGCCGUUGUCGGCGCCACCGCUUGAUCCGGCGUCGCAGCUCCUAUCCGAGUUGUGCGCCAGCUUCAGCAUGGAUUCCGCCAAUAAGCAGCAGCAUAUCGUUCCGAGCGAGUACGCGAUCUCGGUGUUAAAGAGCAACGACAUGUCCGGUGUUCAUGAACAUUUUCACACGAGUAGUGCGCAUCCCGAGAGGAGUUACAAGGAGAUCCCGCCGAUGACCUCACCGAUUACGGAGGGCCACGUACUGAGUGCCACUAGCGUAGGUUUCAAAUUGAAGAAGGUAGACAAGAGAAAUAAUCCGCAGAGGGAGGAGAAUCCGGACAGUCAGAUAAUCGAUUUCAAGGCCCGAUUGCGGAAGGUGGACAACGUCGACAAGGAGAGAGGAACGGACAACGAGAGGAGUAAGUCAUCGUCGCGUUUUGACGACAGUGCGCAAGGAAGUAACGUCGCGGAUUCGGCGGAUUCGUCAUCCGGCGUGGACGACGCGAGCGAUGACAAGCGUCGCAGCACCGGCAGUAUUAGUAGCCUAAAGAAAUUGUGGGAGAACAAAGAGGCUUCUUGUGAUAACCAACCACUUAGUCCUAAAUUAAAUGUGAAAGGGGCAAGUAGUAGCAAGCAGGACGUCGGCGACGUUGCGACGAGUGAAGACUCGCCGGAAGAUCACAGCGGUGCCUCGACCAGGAGUUCGACCAGUAAAGGCGAUCCGCGAGUAUGGCCUCCGAUUUCAUCGUCCUCGUCGGUAACUUUGGAGAUGGAAAAGCCAAUAGUGCCAGCCAAGCCAUUGAAACCGCUCGGGCCCUCCAGCAAACACUUCGGUUCCUCGAUAUAUGCCACACCGAACUGCAACAAGUCACAGAGCGAUGACGAUGGUGGCGGCAAGCAGACAGGCGAAUCGACGAAAGGCGCAAAACACAGUGUGAUGGAGAUCUCGAACGUCAUAGAGAACAGUAUUCUAAAUCUAAAGGGCAGCCCGACCAUCGUCAUGGCCAGCUGGCUGCAGCUCUCCGACAAGGUCGGCUUGCUGCACGGUAUGUGCGUAAACAUGACCGACACAGCGAUCGCGCCGCACGCGAGAUUUCAGUUCCGGGACUUGCUCACCCGACUCGAGCUGCAGGCGAGACAACUGCGGGCCGCCGGCACGCGCAACAUCACCGAGAACACGAGACUCUUGUGUGACGUGCAGAACACGAUAAAGGACGUGAUAAACACGGUGCAGAGAUAAAGGCUGCACCGUACCGAGUCGGCUGAAAAAUCAAAACGAGCACGUCUCUCCCUGCGAGUUUCCCCUGCGUUCCUCCUCCGCCCUUUUCCUGUGAUGUUCCCGAUCGCAGAAGUCACAUCAGUGUCUCGUCCUUCCUAUCACUCUCUCUAUCUCGUCGGAUACGCUUAUGGGCGUACAGUAUACAUAAAAUCUAUAUAUAAAUAUAUAUAUCUAAGUCACUAAGUAAGAUUUUAUCAAGGAAUGAAAUUUCUUUUGGAAUAAUAGCAAUUAAUCUACGAGUGAGUACGAGCGAAUUUAAUGUGAAUAAGUCCUUAAUUGAUAAUAUGAUUUUACGACUGCAUGAUUGUUAGGGGGAAUUAAUCCAAAGUUGCACGAGUUGCGCCGUAUACUUGCUUCUCGACACACGCAAUCACGCAAGGGACACCUACGUACGAGAUAUACAUCAUCAACUCUGACGGAAUCUCGUGCCUACAAGUUCGUAUAUAUUUACAUCUUACCGCCUGCAUACCAUCCGUGCGGAAGGUUUUUUUGGAAGAUCUUUAGAAAAUCGCUAUGAUCAGCGUGCAAUUCACCUGGGCCUGGCAAAAAUAACACGGCCUUAAAACGAGAAGGAAACGUAUACACCAUGAUGCAUGAAUUGAUUUUUUAUGUCGAGAUGUACACCGGUUUACAUAAUACGAAUAGUAAAUGUGAUGAUUAUAGUUACUGUGUAUGGAAUAAUCCGAUCACGCAAAUUCUCAGUAGUAUAUAAUUGACAUACGAGCGAGAGCAUAUUAAACGCGCGAAGCCGAAA